CGAAUUCGGGGGCUUAGGCGUUAUCUUCUGGUCUCAGCUCUCCCUGAUACCCCACCUCUCUCGCUGAGAGGCAGGGUGCCCCCGGUAGGGGGCAGAUUCCGGGGCUCCUGAAGGUGGGGCGUGCCGACCUUUCGCUUGGCUGCGCUUCCGUCCUCCCGGCGGGUCGCGGCUGCGGCCACCACUGCUGGAAAGCACCUUGCGCAAGGGUCUCACGCGCUGUGGACUCGCGACUCCGCCCCCUUCCUCCUCCUUCCCGGAUCCCUAGCUUACGAGCAGUGCGGGCCGGGCAGUGAGCGGGGAAGCAGGGACCCGCGCCAGCGCGCCUUCCACCGCGAAUGCCUCCCGGACGGCUGCCUUCUCCGUGCCGACUCCCAACUGUCUGGAAAGCACAACAGUAAUGGAGUACAUGAGCACUGGAAGUGAUAAUAAAGAAGAAAUUGAUUUAUUAAUUCAACACUUGAAUGUGUCUGAUGUAAUAGACAUUAUGGAAAAUCUUUAUGCAAGUGAAGAGCCAGCAGGUUAUGAACCCAGUCUAAUGACCAUGUGUCAAGACAGCAAUCGGAAUGAGGAGCGUUCAGAGUCCCUGCUGCUCAGCGGCCAGGAGGGGCCAUGGCUGUCGUCAGUCAGAUAUGGAACCGUGGAGGACCUGCUAGCUUUUGCGAACCACAUAUCCAACACUGCAAAGCGUCUUUAUGGACACAGACGACAGGAAUCUGGAAUUUUAUUAAAUAUGGUAAUCACUCCCCAAAACGGACGCUAUCAGAUAGACUCUGAUGUUCUCCUCGUCCCCUGGAAGCUGACUUACAGGAAUAUUGGCUCCGAUUUCAUUCCUCGGGGGGCCUUUGGGAAAGUGUACUUAGCACAAGAUAUCAAGACCAAGAAAAGAAUGGCAUGUAAACUGAUUCCAGUAGAUCAAUUUAAGCCAUCCGAUGUGGAAAUCCAAGCUUGUUUUCGGCACGAGAACAUCGCUGAGUUAUAUGGCGCCGUCCUAUGGGGUGAAACUGUCCAUCUCUUUAUGGAAGCAGGCGAGGGCGGGUCUGUUCUGGAGAAACUGGAGAGCUGUGGACCAAUGAGAGAAUUUGAAAUUAUUUGGGUGACAAAGCAUGUUCUCAAGGGACUUGAUUUUCUACACUCAAAGAAAGUGAUUCACCAUGAUAUUAAACCUAGCAACAUUGUUUUCAUGUCCACAAAAGCCGUUUUGGUGGAUUUUGGCCUAAGUGUUCAGAUGACUGAAGACAUCUAUUUUCCUAAGGACCUCCGAGGAACAGAGAUUUACAUGAGCCCAGAAGUGAUCCUGUGCAGGGGCCAUUCGACCAAGGCAGACAUCUACAGCCUGGGGGCCACGCUCAUCCACAUGCAGACGGGCACCCCGCCCUGGGUGAAGCGCUACCCUCGCUCAGCCUACCCCUCCUACCUGUACAUAAUCCACAAACAGGCCCCUCCAUUAGAGGAUAUUGCGGACGACUGCAGUCCCGGCAUGAGAGAGCUGAUAGAGGCCGCCCUGGAGAGGAACCCCAAUCACCGCCCCAGGGCAGCAGACCUGCUGAAACAUGAGGCCCUGAACCCCCCCAGAGAGGACCAGCCACGCUGUCAGAGUCUGGACUCUGCCCUCUUUGAACGGAAGAGGCUGCUGAGUAGGAAGGAGUUGGAACUUCCGGAGAACAUUGCAGAUUCUUCAUGUACAGGAAGCACUGAAGAAUCAGAGAUGCUAAAGAGACAGCGUUCUCUCUACAUUGACCUUGGAGCCCUGGCUGGCUAUUUCAACCUUGUCCGGGGUCCGCCAACAUUGGAAUAUGGCUGACUGAUGACAUCGUUUGCUCUAAAUUAAGACUCAGCUUUUAUCUCCUGGAAGCUCGUUCUGCUGACUCUACACAGGGGCUCUGUCUAGUGCAUUGGAGCACUUACUGGCUGGCACUGUGGGCUCCCAUGACUCAGGAGUGUGACUCCAUGUGGCUCCUGUGUGUGUGAUUUGUGGAGCUGCCCUGGUACCCACCAGAGCUGAAGUCCUCAUUUCUCAGGUGGUGUGACUGAAGGGGAGGAAGUUAAACAUGUAUAGGAGGAUCGUUUCUGGUGACUGAUUUCAUUCACUGUGCACUUUGUUCAAAUUUUUAAAAAUACCAAUUAUAAGAGUAAUAUAUUAGCCUAAAAUUACUAUUCUUGAUUCUAACUUAAGUAUGGGAAGUUCAUUUAAUGCAGAAUAGUUGUUUUGUAUAGAUCAGUGUAUAUUAGCUAAGUCUCUGAGCCUGUGUUGGUAGAUUCUAGUUUAAAUUAAAGUUAUAUUUUGGGUGAAUAGAACAACUUGAAUAUUGUAGCAAUAAGCUGAACUAGUGUCUGGAAAGUGGCUCGCUGGUCAGUGCAGCGCCACCUGACAGCAGGCCAUUAGUGCCGGGUUCUGUUGUGUUCCUAUGGAAACAUUUUGUACUGCACGUGCCAUGCUUAAAACAUUUAAAACAUGACGUUUUGAAUGUGGAUAAAACUGUGUAAACCACAUAAUUUCUGUACAUCCCAAAGGAUGAGAACGUGACCUUCAUGAAAAAUGGAAACUUUUGUCAAUUCUUAAUGAUGCUACUUUUGUACCUCCUAUGACUAUUUUCUUUCGAGCAUUUGUAUAUUAAAAUAGCAUACUAUGUAUGUUUUAUAUCAAA